AUGGAGCACCUCGUGCGCGACCCGGCUCAUCGGACACGGGUUUACUACCUCAAGGCCGAAGGGAUGGAGGAGGCGUUCAAGGUCACGGUCACGCUCCGCGCAAGAAUGGUGAAGAAGAGGAUUCAGGGCGUGAAGAGGGACUUCAUCGACGCCGCAACGACCAAGUGCGUCGGGUUGGACUGCGAGUUCACCAACCCUCGCAAGAAGAAGGCCGGUGAGGAGCAGCGCGCCACCGUCCUUCAACUCUCGGUGGCGUCCGAGACGUUGGUGUUCCAGAUUAUUCAUGCCGAUAUAAAAGUGCCACGAGUGCUCAAGGAUUUCUUGGAGGACGGGAACAUAAGAUUCUGUGGCGCCGCUAUCGGCAACGAUGUGAAAAAGCUAAGACUCAAGGGCAUUCACAUCAAUUCUACGUACGACCUCCAGAAGGUAGUCCCAAACCCCACCACCAAGACCACUCCAAGUAUAUAUGAUUUGGAAAAUCAUACCAUUGGGACAAACCUUGAGCAGAAGAAGUACAAACACAAGAAGAAGAUGGACGUCACCGCGCAAGAAAAAGAAGAUGAACUCAUUUUUGGAUGGACCAAUUAUCUAUUGAGCUACGAGCAAGUGCACUAUGCAGCACUAGAUGCUCACCUGGGUUUCGAGAUUGCUAGGAAGCAUUGGAUGCUAGUUGGCUACUAG